UUUUCCUAUGUACUUUUAACCUCAACAUUACCUUUCAACGAAAAUAACUAUAUUCAUUUAUACUCUAAGCGUCGAAUGUUUUCUGUGGACGAAAUGGUGGCUUCUGUGAUUGUUUCUAAAAGUUUCAAUUUUCUUUAUUUUAUAUUAUAAUUUACUGAUAAAGUACUCGAAUAAAAUGUAUUCUCAGUGAUUUAUAAAUUUAAUAGAAUGUUAAUAUCCUUGGAUAUAUCGUGAAAUAUAAUUGUUCCUUUUAUUCCCGCGUUUUCCGACUUCAUUCAUUUUUGUACCGAAGUUUAUUACUAACUCUAAAAAAAUUAAAUUGUACGAUCAAUUUAUCACAAAAAGUAAUGCAAUCUUUUAGUACAUCGAAGAAAAAAAUCAUUUGACUUUUAUUAUUAUUUAUUAGUAAGAAAAUCUGAUUUAAAGAAAUGAUAUAAAAUACGUUGCAUUUAUAGCUAUUCAUUUCAUAGAUGCACUAUUUUCUUUGCUUGUGUGAACAUUUCCGAAGAAAAAAAACGUGUAAUUUUAAGAUACAAAUACCGAAAUUAUAAUCGACAAUAUUUUUUGUGUGAUAAUUUAUUGCUGAUAUUUACAUAUGAAAUCUACAAAUUCUUUUUUAGGUUUGGUGCAAAUUUACAAGUAUUUGAAAGAGAGAGAGAGAGUGUGUGUGUGUGUGCGUGUGUGCGCGCACGCGCGCGUGUGUUAUCAAUUAGUCCAAAUCUUUAUAUUACUUGUUUUUUCUUUUUCUUUUCUUUUUUUUUUCUAGAAAUUAGUAAAAAAAUUUUUAAGUUAAAUUGUAUUAAGAAAAAUGGUACCACCUAAAUUACCAAUUGGACAAGCUAGAUCAAAUGGAGCUACUAUACAGUUAAGAAAAGGAAUUUCUACACGAAGUCAGAAUAUACUUAUCAAUAAUGCAUUGCUCAAACAACCAAUUUUAAACAAAGAUCUUCGUUCUAAAAGAAAAGCAGAUGCAUCACCACUGAAGGAUAAAACUGUUAAAAGAUCUGCUUUGGGAAAUAUUACAAAUGCUAUUGGAAAACCAUUUGGAACUCAACAACAAGAACCAAAGAAAGUAGUUAAGAAGAUUGCUACAAAAACCAAAACACUUCUUCAAAUUAAUUCAAAUAAAGUAGCAGAGAAAAUAGUUCCAAAAACAGAUGUAGUAAUAAAGCCAAAGCCAAUACAACGUAUUAAAGCAAUUAAGCAAGAAGAUGACAAGUUGAAAACUAAUAAUACUGAAACUGUUAGACGUAGCAUAGACUCAGAAAAAUCUGGAGAUAAUUCGUUGUAUAUGAGUGCAUUGGAAGAUGUAUCGGAUAAUAGUAUAAAAAAAACUGAGAGAGAAAAUAACAAGGCUGAAAAAAAUGGAAAAAAUGGAAAAAAUGAAAAAAGUGAGAAAAAUGAAAAAAAAGAAACGAAAGAAAUAAAAAUUGACGAUACUACAACAGGUAGAAAAGAAGAAAAAAUAUGUGUUACUAAUAAUUUAGAUGCUGUACCUGAAAGAAUAAUGCCUGAAGGUGUUCAAUGGGAUUUUGAUGCAGAAAAUUGGUUAGAUCCUUUCCAAGUAUCACAGUAUGCUACGGACAUUUUUAAUUAUUUAAAGGAAAGAGAAUGUUUAUUCCCUAUUGGAGAUUAUAUGGACAAACAAGUGUGUCUUUCGCGUUGGAUGCGAUCUCUGUUAGUAGAUUGGAUGGUUGAAGUACAAGAAUCUUUUGAACUUAACCAUGAAACUUUAUAUUUAGCUGUGAAAUUAGUUGAUCUCUAUUUAACAAAAGUCACAGUUGGUACAGAAACUCUGCAACUAUUAGGUGCUUCGAGUCUUUUUAUAGCCAGUAAAUAUGAUGAAAGGAUACCUCCAAUGGUUGAAGAUUUCUUGUAUAUAUGUGAUGGUGCUUAUACACAGAGAGAUCUUAUCAAAAUGGAAAUAAGUGUUUUGAAAGUAAUAGAUUUUGAUUUGGGUAUACCUCUUUCGUACAGAUUUCUUAGGCGAUAUGCUAGGUGUGCAAAAGUAUCAAUGCCAACGUUAACUCUGGCUCGAUAUAUCUUAGAAUAUUCAUUAAUGGAUUAUUCAACUAUUAGAUAUAGUGAUAGUAAAAUGGCAGCAUCUGCUCUGCUCCUUGCACUUCAAAUGAAAGAUUUAGGUGGAUGGACUCCAACUUUAGAGUAUUACAGUGGUUAUAAAGUUGAUGAUAUAAGAGAUAUUGUUCGCGUUUUAAAUGAAGGACUACAUAGAAAACAUAAAGAAGCAUUAGUAACAAUUUACAAUAAGUACAGUCACAAGAUAUUCUUCGAAGUAGCAAAACUGCCGUUAAAAGAUACUUUAGAUAUUUAAAUACUUUAAAUAAGCGUUUAAAUGUAGAUAGAUGCUUGUGUAAUUAUUUUAAUGCAUAGAUUUUACUAUCAUUAUUGGUUAAUCUAUGUAUAAACUAAGAUUCGAUAAAAACAAACAAGCAUCAAUAUGCAGAUCGUGAUACACGGAUAAGCACAGUUUGUUUAAUGAAUAAGAAAAAUGAAAAUAUUUUCGAGUAAUUGUAAUUACUGUCGUAAAAUAUUUAGAUGAAGUAUAUUGAAUGACAUUGAAGCUCAAUUAGAGCUUUGCAUAACCACCUUCAAAAAGUGUAUACAAUACUUAGUUAUUCAUCUUCUUUUUUUUUUUAUUAUUAUUAUUUAUACAUAUCAAUAUUUUCUCUAUUGCUCUAUACUACGAUCUAUUUUACGAUUUUUGUUAACAAAAUAUAUUUUAGCGUCACACUUUUGUACUUCGAAGUAAUGAUUUGAAAGUAUUUAAAAUAUGAAAAGAUGGAGAUGUAAUGCAUUUUAUUAUAUAUAUUUUUUUUUUUUUUUUUUUUUUUUUUUUUUUUUUUUUCUUUUUCUUUCUUUGCCUGAUAUAUACUGUACUACAACAGACCAUUUAUUACAUUUCUGAAAUUUAUGAAUUACUUUUAUAUGAAUUUGUAUGUACACAUAUAAUACUACGUUAAAAAAUUAUGUAGUAUUCUUAAAAUAUGUCAGAAUGCUCUUAGUGUAUUAAAAGUGUGGCGCAUUGUUAUGCACUAUUUCAUCUUAUAUAGACUGAUAAAAGUAACAGAAUGUUGGUGAACAAAUAUUUAUCAAAUUUUCCACUGUUUGUACAGGAUGUGCGCAACGAUUCCAUAGUAUUUUAUUUUUUAGAUGUAUAAUGACUGAAUUUGAUAAAUAUUAUAGAUAAGAAAAAAUUUACAGCACGUUUUUUAUUUUUAAAAGUUUCAGAAAAAAAACGAAAAAAUAUUAUGGUAUACUCGUUGUAAUGUUUAACAAAAUAUUGUGAAAUCAGAUUUUUACAAAUAAUGAAUGUUUUCACAAUAGAAAAAAAAAAAAAAAAAACAAAUUUCACAAUGAUAUAUAAAGAGAAACAAUUAAAUAAAUUAUUAUAUUCUCCUACUCUUAUAUAUUUUAUUCAUAUUCAGAUAUAUACCAUCAAAUUGAAUACAGUUUUUACAAUAUGUCAAUGUUUGUAUACAAAUUAAUUUAUUAUAUAUAUAUAUAAUAUGUGACUAAUCUUGUAUAUCCAGCUAAUGAAGCAUUCCAAAGCAUAACAAAACAAAAUUAAUUAUAAUAUAUUGAAAAUUAUUACAAUACAAAAUUAAUUCUAAUAUAUUAAAAAUUAUAAUUACACUUACAUUCAAACUUUUUUUUAUAAAAUAAUACUGUAAUUACAUAAAAUACCACCUGUGAUAUCAACAUUUUGAACAAGUUACAAAUUUUGCGUGUUAAUUGCACAUAUUGCAAAAUUAUUUCUGUAUAGCAAUAUAACUUGUAUACUAACAAAAAUUCAAAUUAUAUUGCGUAUUAGCAAUGGAAGAUUUUUUGCUAAAUGUAUGUCAAAUUCGCAUAUAUAAUUGUACAUACUGAUUAUUGUAACCAAUAUGUACAUAUGCUCGUAAGGGAUAGGUCAAAACUAGAACAAAUUUUUAAAAGUAAAAGCUAAUGAAGGAUCUGGUAAUGUGCAGUUAUGAGAUUUAUUGAAAUUAGGUGGUGUAAAUAUAUAUUUUCUAACUAUAAAAUAUGUAAGUGACUAUGAUUUUAUAAGUGUGUCGACCAUUAUAAAUAAUAAAACCAUGUGAUGAUUUUGUUA